UUCUCUAUAUGUACGAGUCUUUCUCAUUCUGUCAACAUAAUCCAGCAUGAUACAACUGCUCUGUUCUGAUAGCAUGACUUCUGUUUCGCGAGGUCUUGUUUUAGCCGCUGCCAUGGUUUUAUCAUCCACUUUGAUUUAUCUUGCUUUCUCUAGGAAAAUAAUUCCCCCACGACCCUGUAUUUCUGGGAAUUCUGAUUCUCGGGACUCUGACAAACAAAUCCUACAACCUUGCUUGUGUUCAAAGGAAAAUAAAGUAGAUGGAAAGAAAGAGAAGAAGAAGAAGAAAGUGAAAUUUGCAGAUAAUGUGAUGGAAGCGAAUGAUGAGGCAGAGAACGAACAGAGGAAGCAAAACAGAGUAGCAAGAAGUUGCAGAGAUGAAAUUGAAGGAAUGAUGGGAGUGCCAGCGAACCGAAUCGCUCUGUAUAAUGGGAUUUUGAAAGACAGAGUACGUAAGAUGGAAUGCUCUUAACGUACUUAGGAAUCUGGAACUUUCGCGCUCUGUCUCCUCUAUUUUCUUUGCCAUUAUCAUUUUAUGAAAAGAGUGAGCCUCGAGAGGGGUUUUUUUUUUUUUUUUUUGGUGUGUUGGGGGAGGGGAUUUUGCUAUUGUAAAUACUAUAUUGGAUUUUGCUUUGUUUUUUCCUCUCAGUUGUCUUAUCAAGUGGAAUGGUCUG